UCACCAACCUAAUUAAAGUAAUUAGUAAUGAAGGGUCUGUCGGUCAGUUCCAGCAUGGUGGUGGUGGUGGUGGUGGUGGUCCUGACGGUGGUUGCGGCGAAGGUAUUGCCGGUGGCGGAGGCGGUGACAUGCUCUGCUACAGAACUGAGCCCUUGCUUGGGCGCCAUAACCUCAAAUCAGGCUCCGUCAAGGCAAUGUUGCAACAAGCUUAAUGAACAGAGGCCUUGCCUGUGUGGAUAUAUAAAAAACCCAAUUCUGAGACCUUACGUUAAGUCUGCCGGCGCUUUACGGGUCUCUGCCGCCUGUCGUAUUCCGACCCCAAACUGCGGCUAAACUUAUCAACAACAAACAUGCAUACACUUCUCAGUGUUUGUAUAAUGUGUUGUCUAUAGAUCUUGGUUUCUACUUAAAUAUCUAUCUAUGUUUACAAAUAACUCUUCUCAUCUUUGUAAUCUAUCUCUUGUCUGUAAGAGAUCUAUUUGAUGGAAAGUUUGAGAAUGGAUCAAUAUACAUAAUCAAUUAAUAAAAUAAUAUU